UGAACACAGCCACGAUAUCUGUAAAAUCCAAGCGACCCUUAAAUGCACCAUUCGAGCCCGUUUCCUGUUUCAAGCUGACUUGUUUAUGUCGCGUGAGGAAGACAACGAAGAUAAAAUAUUUUAUAUAUAAUUCCUGAGUUUGAUCACGCCACAACAAAAAUGAUAGUUUUGUGGUCUGGUGUCUUUUUUGGGACACUCGUGGCUACGAAUACCGAGACACACUCCCUGACAUACAUCUACACAGCCUUCUCCCAUCCUGUGAAGCUCCCAGGCAUCCAUGAAUUCACUGCUAUGGGUCUGCUGGACAACAGAAUGAUCGAUUACUAUGACAGCUCCGAACAAAAGAAAAUUCCCAAACAAAAGUGGAUGGAGGAGCGACUCCAGCAGGAAUACUGGGAUAAAGGAACUCAGUCCCGGCAGAGCAAGCAGCAGUGGUUCAAGGUUAACAUCGACAUCCUGAUCAACCGAAUGAGACAAACUACUAAUGAAACUCAUGUUCUUCAGUGGAUGCAUGGAUGUGAAAGUGAAGAAGAUGAAAACGGUAACCUUAAGUUUAAGCGUGGCGUGGACAUGUACAACUAUGACGGAGAUGACUUCUUAAGUUUUGAUGAUGAGCAUCAAGUUUGGGUGGCUGCAGUGGAUGCAGCAGUCACCACCAAGAGGAAGUGGGAUGAAGUCACAGCUCUGAAAGACUACACCAAGGGUUACCUGGAGAAGGAGUGCAUGGAUUGGAUGAGCACCUUCCUCACUUAUUCAAAACAGCAGCAGAGAAAUGCCACUCCUCCUGAAGUUCACGUGUUCACAACAAAAGCCAAACAGUCCUCAAUCGUCGUGCUGACGUGCCUCGCCACAGGCUUUUACCCAAAAGACAUCAACCUCAUUAUUAAAAGAAAUGGACGCAUCCUCAAUAAAGAGGAUGGAGUGAUGAGCUCUGGAGUUCGUCCGAAUCACGAUGACACCUUCCAAAGGAGAGAUUAUGUGGAGAUUUUGAGGAGUGACACCGCUGAAUACACCUGUGAAGUCAUUCAUGAAGCUUCUGACAUGCGUGUGAAGAAAACAUGGGAUCGUCGCCUUCCUCCUCUUGAUGGAUCUCACUUUGCAGUUCAUGUUAGCCUUGCCGCUGUCUCCAGUCUUCUUCUUCU